AUGGACGGCGAGCCUCAAAGGAAAAUCUCGGUUUAUAGCAAAGAUACUUAUAAUCGAGUUGAAACAGUAUCUGUGACAAAUGACCAACCAAACGCUGAUCAGAGAGUUCUCCAACAGACUGAAAAACUAAGCCCAAUAGUAAAUCCGCAGACGCAUGACGUUCACACAAUUGUUGGUAACAAAAUUGUGGAUGGAAAGUAUGUGCAUACCGAGAAGCAAGAGGAACAAGCGAUGAAAGAAGCAUACAAGGAGACCAUUGAACCGAUGAAGCAUUAG